AUGGAUUGUGUAAAGACUGGCACCCGAGUUAAGGGUUCUUUCUCCCAUCAAUCACUAAUUUUUGCCAUCUGGUUGUCUAGCUUUCAGAAUGUGCUGGCUCUGCAGACACUCCCAGAGCCUAGUCAUAUUUCUUCCACAUCCGUGCUUGCAAGCCCACCCAAAAGUGGAAUAUUUGAACCCAUAGAAAUAUCACCAGCUGUAAUUCCACAUCUUCCUUCCCCUGAGGAUUCUUUCCCACCAAUGUAUCCGACUUUUCCAACUACAUAUGAUCCAAUCCUGACUGGAAGGUGCCUUGUAAAUUUCUCUGCCAUUUCGAGUAUCAUGGACAAAACAGCAUCCGACUGUAAUCAACCUUUGGCAGCAGUAGUGGGAAAUGUUAUAUGCUGCCCACAAUUUAGUAGCUUGCUCCACAUAUUCCAGGGAUUUUACAGCACCAGUUCCGAUAAUUUAGUUUUACAAAAUGCAGUUGCUGAUGAUUGUUUUAAAGAUAUUGUCAGUAUACUUGCCAGUAGAGGAGCAAACAGCUCAAUACCAACCAUCUGUUCUGUAAAAUCUUCAAAUCUUACUGGUGGUUCUUGUCCUGUGAAGGACAUAGCCACUUUCGAGAAAUCAGUGAACACGAGCAAAUUACUGGAGGCUUGCAGUAAAGUUGAUCCUCUCAAAGAAUGCUGCAGACCAAUUUGUCAGCCUGCAAUUAUGGAGGCUGCACUUAAGAUCUCAGGAACUCGGUCAUUUUUGAAUGACAAUAAGAAUAUAAUUGGACAAUCGAAUCAUGUUGACAUGCUUAAUGAUUGUAAAGGUGUGGUUUAUUCAUGGAUCUCAAAGAAACUCCCUCAUGAUGCUGCUAACACAGCAUUUCGAAUAUUGUCUGCCUGCAAGGUUAACAAAGUUUGUCCUUUGGAUUUAAGGCAACCAUCAGAAGUAAUUGAAACAUGCCGAAAUUUCUCUGCUUCUACUCCUUCAUGCUGCAGUUCAUUAAAUACUUACAUAGCGAGGGUACGAAGGCAAAUGUUAAUUACAAAUCGGCAAGCGAUAAUAUGCGCUACUGUAUUUGGAUCCAUGCUACAAAAGGCUGGGGUGAUGACUAACGUUUAUAAGCUUUGUGAUGUGGACUUGAAAGAUUUUAGUCUCCAAGCAUAUGGACAAGAAGGGUGUUUACUACGAAGCCUGCCUGCAGAUAUGCGAAUCUACUGUCUUCUGCAAAUGAAAAUCCCAACCGAUAUGCCCACCAUGUGCUUGCAAAAAUGCUGGGAAAUGGAGUGGUCAAUGGCGGAGGUGGCGGGUGGUGAUGAUGAGGCAAUUGAAAUGGCCAACGAAGUGGAAGUGGAUUCUGAGAAUACUGGAGGAAUCAACGGCGGAGGGGUGAGUGCAAGAAAGAAUUUGAAGAUUUGGUAG